AUGAGCAACGUUCCAAAAGAAGCCAUUGAAGUGGUAGCACAGAGCAUUGGAAUUACCAAUUUGUCCCCAGAUGUUGCCCUUGCCCUCGCUCCUGAUGUCGAAUAUCGCGUUCGCGAGAUCAUGCAGGAGGCGAUUAAAUGCAUGCGCCAUUCGCGGCGGACGGUUCUGACAGCUGAUGACGUGGACAAUGCUCUUAAUCUUAGAAAUGUGGAGCCGAUAUAUGGCUUUGCCUCUCGUGAUCCACUACGGUUCAAAAGAGCUGCUGGGCAUAAGGAUUUGUUCUACAUUGAUGACAAGGAUGUGGAGUUUAAAGAAGUGAUUGAAGCACCUUUAUCGAAAGCGCCACUUGAGACAUCUGUUACUUCUCACUGGCUAGCGAUCGAAGGCGUUCAACCUGCAAUUCCAGAAAAUGCUUCGGUUGAAGCACCUUCUGAUGGCAAAAGGGCUGAACACAAGGAAGAUGGACUUUCUGUUGAUGUUAAAUUACCUGUUAAGCACGUAUUAUCUAGAGACCUUCAACUUUACUUUGAGAAAAUUGUGGAGCUUACUUUGAAUAGAUCUGUCUCUGUCGUCUUUAAUCGAGCAUUACUGAGCUUGGCAACAGACCCAGGAGUCCAUCCUUUAACUCCUUAUUUCACGUAUUUCAUUACUGAUGAGGUUGCACGUAAUUUAAAUAAUUUCCGUCUCUUAUUUGCAUUGAUGCGUGUUGCCUGGAGCCUUGUUCAGAAUGAAAAUAUACACAUUGAACCUUAUUUACACCAAUUGAUGCCAUCUGUUAUUACCUGCCUUGUUGCAAAAAGAUUAGGGAAUAAAUUCACUGACAAUCACUGGGAACUUAGAAACUUCGCAGCAAAGCUAGUGGCAUCAAUAUGCAAAAGAUUUGGGCAUGUUUAUCACAAUCUUCAGCCACGUGUGACAAGGACUCUGCUCCAUGCUUUUUUGGACCCAACAAAAACAUUGCCUCAGCAUUAUGGUGCACUUCGAGGUUUAGCAGCCCUUGGACCCAGCGUGGUUCGUCUACUUAUACUACCAAAUCUUGAGGCAUAUUUGCAACUCCUUGAACCAGAAAUGCAGCCUGAGAAGCAGAAGAAUGAAAUAAAAAGGCAUGAAGCUUGGUGUGUUUAUGGUGCCUUGCUGCGUGCAGCUGGGCUGUGCAUGUAUGAUAGGCUUAAAAUGUUCCCUGGUCUGCUAGCCCCUCCAAAUCGUCCUGUCUGGAAAAGCAGUGGAAAAGUUGUGACAAGAAAUAAACGCAAAGCAAGCACAGACAACUUGAUGCAGCAACCACCGCUCAAGAAAAUGGCUACCGACAGUGCAAGUGGUAUGAUGCCGAUAAAUUCCAUGCAAGUUGACAUGCAAGGGGCAGUUGGUGGCUUUUCCGCCACAAUGGGAGGUUCCAACAUUGGUGUAUCAUCAAUAUCACGGCAGUUAUCAAAUGAUAACAUAUCGGGAAGGGAGGCCAGUGGUCGAGUUUUAAAGACUUCAACAGUUUUAGCUCAGGCUUGGAAGGAGGACACACAUGCUGGGAACUUGCUAGCAUCACUAUUUGAACUUUUUGGUGAAAGCAUGUUGUCCUUUACCCCCAAACCCGAGCUUUCCAUCUUCCUUUGAUUAAACUAUACCUCCAAAGCCAAUUGUUUCACAAGAAUGUGUAAAUUAUUCCUUCCUUUGAAACUAUAGAUUGUAUAUAUCUUGUAAGCCAAUUUUUUGCUCAUAAAUAGAUUAUGUAGUUCUCAAAGGAUGUAGGCUACUUGGUUAUUGUUUAUGCAGAAAUACAAGAAAUUUUGUCAAAA